AUGUCAUCACUUCCAAGAUUUCCAUUCCCAGUUGCUAAAACUUAUUGGCCAUAUGCUGUUGGUGCUGUUAUCACAUACUAUUUAGUAUACAAAGGGUCAGUAGCUUCAAUGAAUUCAGAUGAAUUUAUUAAUGAUCCAAGACAUCCAAGAUUUAAAAAUGGUGGUAAAUAUAUUGAUUUAAGUAAAAAAGAAGAAGCUUAG